AUGACCAAGCUUAUAGGGAAGGGGGUUCCAUUUGUGUGUUCACCAGAGUGUGAGGUGAGUUUUGCAAGCCUCAAGCAGAUGCUGACUACCACGCCGGUGUUAGCACUGCCAGAGCAGAACGAGCCUUAUGUUGUGUACACAUAUGCUUCCAGAGUUGGGUUAGGAUGUGGGUUGAUGCAGCAGGGAAAGGUUAUAGCAUAUGCUUCAUUCCAGUUGCAGAAGCAUAACGCCAAUUAUCCUACCCAUGAUUUGGAGAUGGCAGCGGUGGUUUUUGCCCCUGAGCUGAAUUUGAGGCAAAGGCGUCGGAUGGAGUUGUUAGCGGAGUAUGAUCAGGAGAUAGCUUACCACCCUGGUAAAGCUAACCUGGUUGCAGAUGCUUUGAGUCGGAAGCGGGCGGCUUCGGCUCAUGAGAAUGAUAUGGAUGCGUUAGUGGGUGAGAUUGGUGCAUUGAGGCUGUGUGAUAUCACACAUGAGCCUUUGGGCUUGGAGGCAUCUUAUUGA